AUGAUCCGGCUCGAGCAGGCGCUCCUCUCCCGGGAGCACGCCGAGCGGGACUACGCCGUCCUGGAGGACCGAGUGGCCGACUUCCGCGCUCGUGCUGAGCGUGCCGACGCUGCCGAGGCUCUACUCCGCGCCGAGCGAGGCUCCUCGACAGAGCAAUAUCGUGAUCUUCAAGCUCAGCUCCGGGCGGCACGAGACCAGGUCACUGACUUGACUGCCCAACUCGCGCGCGCUCCUGCUACGCCGCCUCCCUCCACCGUGUCGCUAGCGCGGCUGUUUGCUGCACAAGGCGAGCGCGACGACGCGCGCGCCGAGCGUGACGACCUUCGCGUCGACCUCGCAGCCGCCCAAGCCGCCCUCGCUCCUGUCCAAGCGCGCGUGGCCGCCGCCGAAGCUGAACGAGAUCACAUGCGGCAGCUCGUGGCCACUGCCGAGCAGCAGCGCGACGCCGCUCUCGCCGAGCGUGUCCGCGUGACCCGCGUUCUCAUGGCCGUCGAGCAAGAGCGUGACGGGGCCCUCGACAUGCGAGAUCAAGUGCGUCGCGCCUCCACGGCCCUGAGACGCGAGCGAGACGCUGCUGUCACCAAGAGGGACCGGGCACGUCAAGCCGUGGCCGCCCUUGAGCAGCGGCGAGACGCUGCCGUCGCCGAGAGAGAUCAGGCUCGUCAGGCCUUGACCGCUCUGGAGCAGCAGCGCGCCCAUGUCGACGAAGAUCUCCGCGCGGCCCGUGCGUCGCUUUCUCAUAGCCGCAUGGAGAUCGAGGCGGCCCCGAACCUGAACGUCCCGCUGCAGGACGACCUUCGGCGCGUCAACGCGCUCUUAGUGGCCCACGCCGAGGAGCUCCGCCGCGGCGCGACGCGUAUCCACGAGCUGGAGGAGUCAGUGGCUACUGCUACGACUCUCCGUGUGGCCGCCGAGUCCGAGAUGGCGCGGGCUCAAGCCGGCGAACUUUGCACCACAUCUCGCACGGCGCAGUAUCGAGCUGGGUGGCUGUCCAUGCAGCGGUCGUCGCAGCAGCGUCGAGGAGCAGUCGGCGCCCAGACCCAUCGUCUCAGCGCUCGCGUCGCCGAGCUGCAGGAGGAGCGCGACUUGGCCAUCCGAGAGCGCGACGAACGCGCUGUGGCUUGGCGUCGGAUGCUUCGAGACGCGCGUCGGGGCCGAGAGCUGGCGCGGCGGGUGCGCGACGAGCUUGCCGAUCGUCUCGCCGGCGUCGUAACGCGUGUAGGCGGGCAGAUCGACACCGCUGACCUGGUCAGGCGACUCGAAGCCACUUUCACGGCGGAGAUCGACGGUGCGAUCCCCCCUCCCCCCUGCUAUUCCUACGUCCGCAGCAGUUCCUGCGGCAUCCGCGGUUCCUGUUCCUGCUUCAACUGCGUCGAGCUCUGGUGCCCGGGCGGGCUCGUCGACUUCGACGGCGGGCUCGACGACUGGCGCUUCCCCUCCAGCAGGUCCUUCGGGCUCCUGUCCGACCUCGACACGGCGCGUCGAGUCGUUCGGGUUCUCAGUCACGCGCGUCUAGACCGUCAGGAGUGGCGUCCGCUACGUCGUCUGGUUCUUCGCCCCUUCGACCCCCGGGUCUCGCUCACGGUCGCCGGCGCGUCCGCCUCCUCGUUUGCCGUCACGGUCGCCGGCGCGUCCGCCUCCACGUUCGCCGGCACGUUCCCGGACACCCCCGCGCUCCCGUUCUGCUUCGCGUUCACGUUUACGCUCGCCUCCACGCUCGCGCUCGCGUUCUCGCUCGCCCUCCUUCGUGUCGACGCGUUCGGCCGGCUCAACGCGUUCGGCGCACGCGGCGGGGUCGGCGCACUCGGCGGCUCGCAUCACUCUUCUCCUGCACGGCCGACGCACUCGUCGCCGAGGGGCCGUGUGGCAGCAGGAGCUGGACCAGGCCCUGAUCCGGGCGAUUCGGGCGACUCCAGUGGCGACGACUCGUCCGCUUCCUCGUCGUCCCGCGCCUCGUCCUCGAGCACCGUCUCCAGCGGCUCGGCGGGGAGUGCUCCGGCGGCGCCCUUCUUCGACCCUGUGAUUCCGCCUGCCGGAACUCCGUCUGGCUGGCGGCAGCCUCGCUACGCUCCUUGGUCCAAGCGGGUACGACGUCUCCGCCUUCAUCUCAUCACCGUGCAGGAGUUGCGAACGCUCUUCCUGCCGCCGCCCGGCUGGAUCAUUCCGCGCCGUGUUCCCCCCGCGCCUGCGAACUGGAACCGCGCCCUCGUGACUCUGGCCAACGUCGACGCGCUAUACGCGACUCGGCCGUGGCGCUACCUCGCUCAAGCCGCUGAGGCGCUUCUCUUCGCGUCCGGUGACGUGGCGUUCCGCCCAUUCCUACGUCGGCUCCGGCACCACAUCGAGCACUGGGCUCAGGCGUACUGGGAGUCCACCCAUGAACUCUUCGUGCAGGGCGCGGCGUGGAAAAGGUGGCGCACGGCGCGCAACUCACGUCGCUCACACGCGGGCAACCACGUCAACAGCCUGUUGCAGCUGGUGGUCGGGCUGUUCCAGCAAGGGCUCGCAGACAUGGACCUCUUGCUGGACCCAAUGGUGCUUCCCUUUCUGCCCGCGCACACGUCGAUCGGACGGUGGUAUCCAGGCCUCCAGCACGCGACGGUGCAAGCCGCGCUCGACGACAUCGACGCGCAGGAGCCCUGGCGCCGGUUCUAUCGGGAGCCGCUCACUGUGGCCGAGAUGGACGUCAACGUACGCUGCCGAGCGACGCGCGAUCACCCCGCCUUCUAUGUGCCGCGUCUUGCAGGUAAGUUUGUCCAGCAGGUUUGA